ACAAGCAGUUGACUGGCACUACAAAAUGUAGUAUAUACACUUUGUUCAUUCUAUGAUUCCUUUAGCAAGUAUUUAUUGAGGACCUACUAGGUGCCAGGUAUCAUGUUAGAUACCAUAAUAAGCAAAACAGACCUGAUCACUGCUCAUAUGGGGUUUGAAGACCAACACAGGAGAAGCAGAAUAAACACAAAGCUAUCUAAUUAUAAAGCGUGUUAAGUGCAAUGAGGGAAAAUCCCGCCGUGCUGUGAGAUGGGCAGUGAUUUAGAGGAAGGGGGCACCCUCCCGGUAUGUUAAGUCUCGUGAAUUGACUCCUGGGGUAUGUGUAGAAAACUUACGGUCAGGAAAGGUCAGAUUAUUUAUAUCUAGGAAAAGUUUACAAAAGAUAUUGGCUCAUUCAUAUUUUAACUUCACAUCAGCAUUAUGGGGCUUUGUUGUGUUUGUGUGUAAUACAGUGUGUGUAUGUGUGUGAGUGUGAGACAGACGGGGUGGGAGGAGCAGAGAGGGAGAGAGAACAGUACAAAGGAAGAUUCCUUUAGACUAACAUUCUAAGGAGCCAGCAGGCUCACAGCAGCUAAUCUCCAUCAUGCUUUCCAGGCCCCACCCCCUUUCUUCUCAUCAUAACUUGUGAUCUUAGAGGCAUGAAAGAAUUUGAGCCCCUCCCCUAGCCUGACCAUCUCUGCUGGCCGCUCAGCCAGGCUCCAUGUCAAAUCCAGCCGGGAGCACAAACCCCAGGGCCACGCAGGAGGUGGCAGUGGACUCGUAGGCAGGUUUCGGCACCCAGUGGCCAUGGGCGACAAGAGUGGGCAGCCCGGCACCCACACCUAUAAAUCUCUCGCUGAAGAUGGAGCCUUCGGCUUUGUGGAGCCGCCCAAAAGACCCACGGGGAGUCUGCUCAUGCACAGCAUGGCCAUGUUCGGCCGGGAGUUUUGCUACGCGGUGGAGGCGGCCUACGUGACCCCAGUCCUGCUCAGCGUGGGCCUGCCCAAGAGUCUGUACAGCAUGGUGUGGCUCCUCAGCCCCGUCCUGGGGUUCCUGCUGCAGCCCGUGGUGGGAUCUGCCAGCGACCACUGCCGGGCCCGGUGGGGCCGGCGAAGACCCUACAUCCUCACCCUGGUCGUCAUGAUGCUCCUGGGCAUGGCUCUGUACCUCAACGGGGACGUUAUCAUAUCAGCUUUGAUUGCUGACCCAAGGAGGAAGCUAAUUUGGGCCAUAAGCAUCACCAUGAUAGGUGUGGUUCUCUUUGAUUUUGCUGCUGACUUCAUUGAUGGGCCCAUCAAAGCCUACUUAUUUGAUGUCUGCACCUAUCAGGACAAGGAGAGGGGCCUCCACUACCAUGCCCUCUUCACAGGUUUGGGAGGUGCCCUGGGUUACGUCUUGGGUGCUAUCGACUGGGCCCACCUGGAACUGGGAAGAGUGCUGGGCACAGAAUUCCAGGUCAUGUUCCUCUUCUCGUCUUUGGUGCUCUCUUUGUGUUUUAUCAUCCAUCUGUGCAGUAUCCCUGAAGUCUCGCUUAAAGACAUUCCCGCACAGCAAGCCCCCUGCGACCUUGCGGUGUCAUCCAACAGAACGUACCAGUAUGGGUCUAUUGAGAAAGUGAAAAAUGGUUAUGUAAACCCAGAGCUGGUGCUGCAAGGAGGAAAACCCAAAAAUCCUGAUGAACAGAUUCCAAGGACCAUGACCAUGAAGUCAUUGCUAAGGGCGCUGAUAAGCAUGCCUCCCCACUACUGCUGCCUUUUCAUCAGCCACCUCAUUGGAUGGACCGCUUUCCUGUCCAACAUGCUCUUCUUCACAGACUUCAUGGGCCAGAUCGUGUACCAUGGGGAUCCCUAUGGGGCACACAAUUCCACAGAGUUUCUCAUCUACCAAAGAGGUGUCGAGGUUGGAUGUUGGGGCUUGUGCAUCAACGCUGUGUUUUCCUCACUUUAUUCUUACUUUCAGAAAGCUUUGGUUCCCCACAUCGGAUUAAAGGGUCUUUACUUCAUGGGGUAUUUGCUGUUUGGCCUGGGGACGGGAUUUAUCGGGCUCUUCCCGAAUGUCUACUCCACCCUGGCCAUGUGCACCUUGUUUGGCGUGAUGUCUAGCACCCUGUACACCGUGCCCUUUAACCUCAUUGCCAUGUACCGCCGCGAGGAGCAGGAGGAGCAGAGGCAGCAGGCCCGGGGAGGGGACCUGGACAGCAGCGGGAGAGGGCAGGGCCUGGACUGCGCCUCCCUCACCUGCAUGGUGCAGCUGGCUCAGAUCCUGGUCGGAGGUGGCCUGGGCUUUCUGGUCAACAUGGCCGGGAGCGUCGUCGUCGUGGUGAUCACGGCCUCUGUGCUGGCACUGAUCGGCAGUUGCUUUGUGGCUCUCUUUGUUAGACACAUGGAUUAGGUCAAUAAAGAGACAUCGUCCCUAA